UGAACAUCCUCACUUGUCUUUUGUUGAGGUUUCAAACAAGUCAUGUCUUGGACAGCCGCACUUGUGGUUGUUGCUCUUACAACCGCGAGCUAUCUGUUCCAUAAAACCUAUGUUCAUCGUUCUAGGAUCAAUGACCUAAGAAAGCAAGGCAUCCCAAUGCCAAAAGAGUGGAGUUGGUUCACUGGCCACCUCCUAACGCUUCAGAAAUACGUCAACAGACUACCACCUGAUGCGAACGUGAACCUUGCUAUGCGGGAUCUCGCCCUCGAGUUCGCCGAUACAGAGGUGUUCUUGAUGGACUUUUGGCCUGUGUAUCCGCCGCUUCUAGUGGUAUAUGAUCCUGAUGCCGCUGUCCAGAUAACGACCAAGUACAAUCUGCCAAAGACUGAUAUGCAUUUGCAAUUCAUGAGACCGAUUACCGGCGGGCCAAAUCUCAUAUCCAUGAGCGAUCAGGAGUGGAAAAUUUGGCGAUCACUUUUUAAUCCAGGUUUCAGUUCAUCAGUCAUGAUGGAAAACGUACCGCAUAUUAUCGACAAAGUCCAAAUCUUCUUUGAAAGGUUGAAAGAGGGGGCGAAGAACGGUAUUGUGUCGCUGGACAGCCUCACAACGAGUCUGACUAUGGAUGUUAUUGUCAAAUUGACGCUAGAUGCCGAUCUCGAUUGCCAACGUUCAGAAAGCGCACUUGUUAGUGCGAUGAACAACAUCAUCGCGUGGCAUUCAUUCUGGGAUCCAAGAAUUCUGAUGCAUCCGUUCCGCCCUCUCGUUCAAAGGUACUAUGGCAGAGUAAUGAAUACCCAUAUUCGAAAGGAGCUGAUCAAGCGAUUCAAUGAUCUGAAGCAAGCAAAGCUUGAUAGCAACAAAACAAUAGAGCACACAUCUGGAAAAUCUGUAAUAGCUUUGGCAAUCGAAGCAUACAUCAAAGAAAGCCAACAAGACAUACGUACGCUAGAACUGGACGAGCACUUCGCACGCUAUGCAACUUAUCAAACUCGUCUAUUUCUCUUUGCGGGUAACGACACCACCUCAUCUACCAUUGUAUAUGUCUUCCAUCUUCUCUCACAGCAUCCUGAAGCCUUGAAAAAGCUGCGAGACGAACAUGACACCAUGUUUGGAACCGACGCAAAUCAAACACCCCGAAUGUUAAAGGAAGAGCCUGCCCUAUUGAACAAGUGCUCGUUCACGCUCGCAGUCAUUAAAGAGACGUUACGUCUGUACCCACCAGCAGCAACGAUGCGCGCUGGUCGAAACGGUGUAUCUAUUACCGAUCGUCACGGAAACAUUUAUCCAAUGGAUUAUGUAGGCGCAACAAUUCUUCACCCAGCAGUCCAUAGCAAUCCUCGCGUAUGGGUUUCGCCAGAGAAGUUCAUUCCUGAGCGGUUCCUCGUCGGUGCAGAGCAUGAUCUGUAUGUUAAUACUGCGGCCUAUCGUCCUUUUGAGCAAGGACCACGAAAUUGUAUUGGACAGACACUUGUAUACAACGAGAUUCGUACUGUAAUGGUCAUGGUAGCAAGAAGCUUUGAUAUAGUGCCUGCUUACGAUGAGUGGGAUGCCAUAAGAGAGCGGCAAAUGUGUGGUUUGGCACGCCUUAAGGUUUGGGCCAUGGGGAAACCUGUCAAAACUGUACAUGGCGACAGAGCAUAUCAGACCGAGAAAGCAGGAACACAUCCUGCAGACGGGUAUCCUUGUCACGUAUCCUCACGUUGAGACAAUCCGUGGACUUAUAGGGAAAAGAAAGCUCUGAACUAUUGUCUUCUGUACCAUCUCAAAAAUGCGAGGCGUGAGGC